GCAUGAUAAUGAAUGCAAUACGAUUCGUCCCUUCUUCCCUUUAACUCCUUCCCACCAAUCACCAACUUCCACUUUCUUUUCUUUUAUUCACACUUCCUUCAUAACUUCUUGGAAUUUUUGUUUUCACUUUUAUAAAUUUAGAGCCCCUGAUCUCAAUAACCAUAUCAGUAUUUACAUGGCUCUUCACUCACUACCCAUUUCCUUUUUCUCCCUUUUUGCCUUCUUUUUCAUCCCAGUUUCUCUUUCCGUUCCCUUCAUAGUACUCCAUGGUAUUGGAGAUCAGUGCUCCAAUCGAGGAAUGAAACAGUUUACUGAGCAACUCGCCGAACUUGCUGGUGUUAAAGGAUAUUGCUUAGAAGUUGGGGAUGGAACAUGGGAUUCCUGGUUUAAGCCUCUUGAAGAACAGACUCAAAUUGUUUGUGACAAGGUGAAGGAAAUGAAAGAACUGAGAGAAGGUUACAGCAUAGUUGGUCUCUCCCAGGGUAACUUAAUAGGUCGUGGUGUGAUUGAGUUCUGCGAUGGUAGUCCUCCCGUAAAAAAAUUUAUCUCCUUAGGAGGUCCUCAUGCUGGUACUGCAUCUGUGCCUCUCUGUGGUUCUGGUGUUUUAUGCAAAAUUGCAGAUACACUGAUCAAGUCAGAGAUCUACAGUGACUAUGUCCAAGACCAUUUGGCUCCCAGUGGAUAUCUUAAAUUUCCAAAUGAUAUCUCCAAAUAUUUGAGUAAAUGCAAGUUUCUUCCAAAGCUUAACAAUGAACACCCUGAUCAGAGGAACUCCACUUACAAGGAACGGUUCAGUAGCUUGCAGAAUUUGGUGCUUAUAAUGUUUGAAGAUGACAAGGUUUUGAUACCCAAGGAAACCUCCUGGUUCGGAUAUUACCCUGAUGGAGCCUUCAAUCCAGUUCAACCUCCCCAAAAGACAAAACUUUACACUGAAGAUUGGAUUGGACUGAAAAGCUUGGAUGACGCUGGAAGGGUGAAGUACAUCAGUGUGGCAGGAGGUCAUCUCGGAAUCUCGAAAGCUGAUAUGAAGGAGCAUGUUGUGCCUUACUUGAAGGAUCAGGCAUUGGUGAGGGAAAGUGAAGAAAGAGAUCAUAGCCUUAAUUACAGAGUGACAAAAAACAGAAAGACAAAGCAAGGGAAUGAGUUAGCAUCUUCUGAACUGGUAUUAGAUGGAUCUUUAUCAUAUAGGUGGCCCUCUUCAGUCACGAGCUUCAUUGCAGAAUUACUUGAUGCAGACGUUGACUCUUCAUCACAUCCUUAAUUAGAAAAUAUAUAUAUUCAUAGCUAGAGGCUGCUGAUGAUUGAUGAAGAUCAUUUGUAAUACUGUGACGUGAGUGCUUUCACAAAGAAGCCCGAGCUGUCUGUACUUUAAGCUAUGUGAAACUUAUACGGGGUAACUUGAGGAAAACCUUGGAAUACAAUCCACACGAACCAAAUAUAUAAUAAUAAUUUAUAUUUAUAUUA